AUGUCUCAGCUCAUUGCAGAAUCUCCACCGAUUGCGUAUAUCGGAGACGAAAAUGAAGACAACAGUGAUCAAGUGUUUUCUUCGUCGGAAGAAGAGGAAGAAAAUGAGGGAGGAACUAAAGAUUUGUCGGAAUUUUCCGAGAGACCUGUCCUGGGGUUAAUCGAUGAAGAAAACCUACUUGUUCUUCCACCUGAGGGUUACGGUGAAGGAAGCGAUAAUGAACAGGCUGAAGGUGACAAUACUUAUGAGAAAGAUCAAGUUCGACGAGUCCUUCGACGAUUCGGAUUUCGUGAAGUGGAUGAAGAUGAGGACUGGAAUCUCUACUGGACUGACUUUUCCGUCUCUCUCGACCGAGUCGUUGUGAUGAAAACUUGGCAAGUUAGUGCCCCGUUUUAA